CACGGGCUGGGCCUCGUGUCGCCGCGUUCUGGGGUCUUCGCCGCCUUACGAAGAGCCCUCUGCUCCAAACAGAGGAGCCGAGCCGAGGAGAGUCUCUUUGUUAGCCGGAAAGAAAAAUCGACUUCUUUCCCUAAUGGCACCCACAGGAGACUGAAGGAAGUUAUUUUUGAAAGAAAGAGUACAUGUAAGAGACAAGAUGGCUCAUGCUGGGAGGCGAUACCGAGAUAAGCAAGGUGGGUACCAUGAGAAUCGUGGAUCUGAUGGAUAUGAGGAAGACAGAAAAACAAGAAAACCAAGCCCAUACAAUGGAAGGCCAGCAAAAGAUACCCGUGGUGGCCAGCACUCAAGGGCUUCCACCAUUUGCUCAGAGCCGUACUCUAAAGCUUCAGCAGCAUCACAGGAGUGUUUUGACUCACCACCACAGUAUUACCCCACCAAGGAAACCUUGUCCAUGAAGUGUUCAAAGGCCAGAGGGGACCAAAGCUGUGCACCGAGCUGUGUACUUACCUUCUGUGGAAUGCACCACCUACACUUCAGGAGAAGUUCAGCAUAUGAGAUCCUUUUCAGGACUGACUGCAGCUUUUGCAUUUUGAAGUUCGUGGAAAUCACCGUUAACCUCCUGGUGCUGAUUUGUGUGGGCGCUGCCCAAGCCUCUGUUGCAGGGUUUACUUCCGUCGGCGGCUUGGGCGUCGGAUCCUUUAACCUGAAUUCAGCCUACAGCCCCUUCGAGGGCACGGAGCUCCAGGAAGUGAGGGAGCUGGACAUGCAGAUCACCCAGAUGAGAGCCCCCUGCAUCUACGGCGGAGUAACCUUCAGCUUAGCAGCAGCAGCGCUCACGCUCGUCUUCCUCGUAGUGGGGGCAAAACCCAUCCACCGCCUCAAGAUGGGGCUGCUCGGUGGUGAAUGCGCCUUCAGCCUGCUGGCUGGCGUGUGCUACGUCAUUGCAGUUGGUCUCUACUUGCACUUCGUCACCCAGGUGAACGCCACGGAAGCUUGCAAGAGGCGUGAGAGGCUGUACGCGCGCCGUGGUUACACCUCCAUGAACUGCGUGGUCCAGGGAGGCGAUGCAGCCGUCGGCCUCUUUGGUGUAGUUGCGGCCUGUUUGUACUUUGCCAGCUUUGUGGUCUGCAUCCUUGCUAUUCGAACUGUGCGGGCCUUCCAGAGCCACAUGGCCACGGCUCAGCACAGCCCCAAGAGCAGCGUUUGGGACAGAAGCGUCAGAAACGACCGCCCCACGCACAGAACCUCUGGAAGCUCCCAGAACAGCCAGGCUCUUGCCACAUUAGUGUGAAGUCAGUUGUGGGCCUGUGCCAGAGAACAGCAGCUUCAGCUAGGGGCAGGUACUAGACUUUGUGUGCCUAAAUCCACUGUCUGAGAAGGUACUGGAAGUGUGUCUCAAAUCACCAAAUGUAAAUAAAAUGUAAUAAAAUAGAUGCUGGAAGGAUAUUCUAA